CUGUGUCUAUUAUUUAAUGUUAAAAUUCAGCAGCACGGGGGUUUUUAGAGUUUGUGGCGGCAAUAGAGAAAGGAUUCGAGCAUUACCUGUUUUCAAGGUUGUCCUUUGACGAUCACACAGGAUCAGUAAUACAUGCACCAUGGCUGCCAUAUUUUGGACACACUUGGGACUCAUCUGGCUGUGUUGUCUCUCUGAGGCUCAACUGGCUCCAGGAAAACCUAAAUGGAUGUCACCGCAGUUCCCAUGUGACGUCUCAGCGACCAACACCUCCCAAGUGAGGUUUCUUUGCAGACGGCGUCAUCUCACCAGAGUACCCGACGGGGUGACCAGCAAUGCAACUGAACUUGUCUUGUCAGACAAUUCCAUUGAAAGCAUUCCUGCUGAUGCAUUUUCGGAGCUCCUGAAUCUGACCGUGCUCAAUCUGAACCGGGCAAAUAACAACAAAAGACUGAACAUCCACGGCCAGGCUUUCAAAAAUCUCACCAAACUGAAGCAACUGGGCAUGGCUGGCACUCACCAAAACAAAACCCCAGAAGAUCUUCCUUUCAGCUUGGAAAUCCUUGAGCUCGACAAUAAUAACAUAACAGUUUUAGACAACAAGAGCCUUGUUGGGUUAGAGAAUGUGACACAGCUGUUGUUAUCCAGAAACUGCUACAUGUGGAAUCCUUGUGGGAAAUAUUUCAUCAUUCAUGACAACAGUUUUGCAGUGAUGACCAAACUGCAGAUUCUGGACUUGUCCUAUAACAACAUCACAGAAGUUCCUAAAGGACUACCCCGAACGCUGACCAAAUUAUUGCUGGGUUCUAACAAAAUACAGCACAUCGGUAAAGACGAUUUCAGCAUGUUGCACAAUUUAAAAGAGCUGAAAAUACAAGGGAACUGUCCACGGUGUCAAAAUGCCCCAUAUCCCUGUGAAACCUGCAAGAACAUUUCUCUGGAUAUUCAUCCUGAUGCAUUUCAAAGUCUGACACAGCUUAAAGAGCUGAACCUGGGGGGAAACUCACUGAAGUACAUCAAUCCCUCUUGGUUUGAGAAGCUCAACAACCUUAAAGACUUAUUUCUGUCGUUUAACUUCCUGAUGGGAGUAAUCACGGGUGAGGCGACUUUCCUAAAAUACCUUCCAAAGCUAGAAAGAAUUGACGUGUCCUUCAACUAUGCUCUUCAACGUUAUCCUGAAACAAUAAGUCUCUCGAAGGAAUUUUCACAUCUCGUCUCACUUAAAACUUUGCACAUGGAGGCUUUGGUUUUCAAGAAUAUUGGACCCAACACACUCAGACCUCUGUACCAGCUGAAAAAUCUGUCUGCAUUGAAUAUGGGUACAAAUUUUAUCAUCAACACAAACUCCACUGUAUUCAAACAAUUUCAACAUUUGAAAUUGAUUUAUCUCUCAGAAAACAGGCUGUAUCCAACACCGGGGGACAGUUCUCCAAAACUGAGUAAUGGAUACAAUGACAGACUAGGUUUUUCUAUUUCACCCAACUUGAAUUCCCACAGAAAAGACUUUGUUUAUGAGAUAAACCAUGGCCUGAUAAAAGACGAGUGCUUUCACUCUGGACGAGUGCUUGCACUCGGCUCAAACAAUCUGUUUUUCAUCUCUUCUGAACAGUUUGAAAGCUAUGGAAAUAUUUCUUGUCUUAACCUCUCCAGGAAUGGAUUUUCAGCAGCACUUAACGGCACAGAGUUUAAAUCGCUGCCUAAUCUGAAGUACUUGGACCUCUCGUUCAACAAGAUCGAUCUGGCCUACGACAACGCCUUCAAGGAACUUCAGAAGCUGGAAGUGCUUGACAUCAGUUACAAUUCCCACUACUUUAAAGCAUUUGGGAUUACUCAAACCUUAAACUUCACAAAGAACUUGCCCGUUCUGAGAGUGCUGAAUAUGAGCUACAACUCUAUUUUCACACUCACAACAAAACAGAUGCACAGCCAAUCACUAUCAGAACUUCAGUUCACUAACAACUACCUGGGGACUCUUUGGAAAGAGAACGACAAAACUUACGAAAAGCUUUUCACUAACCUCACUAAUUUGACCACUUUGGAUAUAUCUCACAACCACAUUCUAAAGAUUCCGUACAAUGUUUAUCACAAUUUGCCGCGCAACCUCACCGUACUGCGCAUAAACCAUAACUCACUCAGAGACUUUAUUUGGGACAAGCUGAAACACUUUCCUCUCCUUGAAAUUUUAGAUUUGAGCUAUAACUCUUUGACUAACAUUACAGGAAUUAGCUCAAAUAUCUCCAAAACUCUGACUUACCUUGACCUGAGUAAUAAUUACAUUUUCUCCCUGGUCGAUGAAUUCUCAAACUGUCCAAAAAGCCUAAAAACUCUCAGCCUCAGCUUCAACAAGUUAACUCUCAUCAAUCAAUCUGCCUUCCAGCGGGGGCCCGAUAACCCUGAGAACCCGAUCAAGACUUUGUUCUUGUGGAAAAACCCGUUCCAGUGUACCUGUGAUUCUAUGGAUUUCAUAUUAUGGAUUGAGAGAGGUUAUAUAAAGCUCCCUCGACUGACCACCGAGGUAACAUGUGACACACCAGCAAACCAGAAGGGUCAAGCACUGAUAAACUUCGAUAUCAACCAGUGUGUAAAUGACAGUGUGGCAUGCUUAAUGUAUAUUUUCACAACAUUUCUCACUGUUGCUUUUAUGCUUGUGGCCACAGUUGCUCACUUAUUUUAUUGGGACGCUUUUUACUUCCUGCACUAUGUUAAAGCGAAGCUGAAAGGAUACAGAACCUUGAAGUCACAGGACAGUAUAUAUGAUUUAUUUGUGACAUAUGACACAAGGGAUCCGCAGGUUUCUGAGUGGGUGAUGAAGAAUCUGCGGGUGAAACUGGAAGAGGAAGGAGAGAAGCACCACCCUCUGUGUCUGGAGGAGAGAGACUGGACCCCGGGGGUCCCACUUGUGGACAACCUCACUCAGAGCAUCCAGUACAGCCGCAAGACGCUGUUUGUCCUGACGGAGGGCUACGUGAAGACCGGGAGUUUCAGGCUGGCGAUGUAUCUGGCCCACCAGAGGCUGCUUGAUGAAAACGUGGAUGUGAUCGUGCUCCUGAUGCUGGAGCCCGUCCUGCAGCACUCUCGCUUCCUGCGCCUGAGGCGGAGGCUGUGUGGGAAAAGCGUUGUCGAGUGGCCGAAAACAGCAGCCGCAGAGCCCUGGUUCUGGCAGAAUUUGAGGAACGUUGUCCAGGUUGACAACCAAGUGAUGUACAACAAGACUUACUCAAAGUACUUCGCCAACAAGUGAGGCAGGACUCUGGGACGUUCCACUGGGAGCUGAUUUAAAGUUACUAUACAGUGUACAGUCAUGUGAUGUUGUUUAGAGGCUAUUUUUGUUUGGAAAUCACAUUUAUUGCUAACAAUGACACUGAGAAUUUUGUGAUUUAAUUGAAAAUAUUACUGUAUGUAAAUAAAUAUCUAUUUUAAAUCUGGAAACAUGGCAGUCUUCCUAUUGAAAAAGAAACAUCACUGCAUGA